UGAGUGCGAAGCAUGGCUUCCCAGCCCAGGGAGGGGCCGGGGGCAGCUGGGGCCGAGCUCAUUUCCGUCUCACCCCCAGGUGCCGACUGCCAGUGGCUGGACUUGCUGCGGAUGCGGCAGAUCGCCUCCACCUCGUCCCUGCAGCGCUCGCAAAGCAACCCUAUCCUGGGCUCCCCCUUCUUCCCCUACUUUGACGAUCAGGACUCCUACGCGGCCGCCGUGCGGCGGACCCAGGCGCCCGUCAAGUACCCGCAGAUCACCCCCAUCAACCAGUCCAGGAGCUCCUCGCCCACCCAGUACGGGCUGACCAAGAACUUCUCCUGCCUGCUCCUCAACUCCAGGGACAGAGCGCGCUCGGGGCGGCCACCGGGGCCGCAGGACUUUCUGAGAGGUUGUCUUCGGGUCGAUGAACGAGAAGACACCGCUUCCACUGUUAGACUGGGCAGCACCUUCCAGUGGAGACCGAAGCCAAACCACGGCCAAAGGGAUGGCUGGUGUGGAACCGGCUUUGUGGUGCUGCCUGUGCACCCAGAUGCCUGGAAGGCUGGAGCAGAAGUGCAAGUUCAAGGCCGAUCUCCGCAACUUAGCGAGACCCUGUCCCCAAAUCGAAAAUGA